ACUGUACUUCCAUUCUAUUCUUGUCCGAUAUUUUUCCAUUUUAUUUUAAUUAAUAAAUAAAUUCAAAGAGCAAACCUUUUUCUUCUGCUACCCCCAACUCAAUCCGGUCAACUCUUCCGGCGCUGAUUCCGUCUCCGAUCGUCGUACGUCGGAAGCAGAAUAUUCCGAUAUCCGCCCCGUCUUAUCGCGUCCAAUCAUGAAUCCGGAAUAUGACUACUUGUUCAAGCUUCUUUUAAUUGGAGAUUCAGGUGUUGGGAAGUCGUGUCUUCUCCUGAGAUUUGCUGAUGAUUCGUACCUUGACAGUUACAUCAGCACGAUUGGUGUUGACUUCAAAAUUCGAACCGUGGAGCAAGAUGGGAAGACUAUUAAGCUUCAGAUUUGGGAUACUGCUGGACAAGAACGAUUCAGAACUAUAACCAGCAGCUACUACCGCGGCGCCCAUGGAAUCAUUAUAGUAUAUGAUGUCACUGACCAAGAGAGCUUCAACAAUGUGAAGCAAUGGUUGAAUGAAAUCGACCGAUAUGCCAGUGAAAAUGUUAACAAGCUUCUCGUCGGAAACAAGUGCGACCUUACUGAAAACAGAGCUGUGCCAUAUGAAACAGCAAAGGCAUUUGCUGAUGAAAUUGGCAUUCCGUUUAUGGAGACCAGUGCCAAAAAUGCCGUUAACGUUGAACAGGCUUUCAUGGCUAUGUCUGCCGACAUCAAGACCAGGAUGGCAAGUCAGCCUUCAGCAAACAACACGAGGCCACCAACUGUGCAGAUUCGUGGACAACCUGUGGCCCAGAAGAGUGGAUGCUGCUCUUCUUAAUUGACAGCCGUUGAUUCUGUGAGUUGUGGAGAAACUCACUUUGAUGGAGAAGGUUUCUGUGUUUCCUCCCCCACCCACCCACCUAAUAUAAAGUUCAAUUCUUUCAAAUAUAUCUGCUUUCUAAGUGGCUGUACAAAAUUACAAACAACUGCUUAAUUACUCUUUUAGUAGUAUUGGUUUGUUAUUUGCUUUUGUUUCUGUUGGUUCUGUUAAAGCUAGCAGCAGUGUCUUAGUGUUUGUUUGCAGACAGCUUUGUCGAAAAGACGUGGCACAUUUGGAAAAGAAAAAUUAUGUAAUAUUUGAUUUGCGUUGCCAUUGAAUUCGGGUUAUUCUUUGAAUAAAUUGCUUUAUUUUUUAUUAAA